AUGAAUUCCUACUUCCCCAACGCGUCCCUGUCGUGCCACCUCGGCGGCGGCCAGGACGUGCUGCCCAAUGUCGCGAUAAACUCCGGCUACGACCCCGUGCGCCACUUCCCGAGCUACGGCGCGGCCGUGGCCCAGAACCGCAUCUACGGCUCGCCCUUCUACUCGCCCCAGGACGGCUCGGUGGUGUUCGGCUCCUCCCGCUCGCCCUACGAUUACGGCUCCAACUUUUACCAGGACAAGGAGGUGCUCUCGAGCUGCCGCCAGAGCUCCGCGGUCUCGGGGGUCUCCUCGGGGGUCUCGGGGGUGGCGCACGGAGGUCCCGGAGCGCUGCCGGAUUUCCCCGAGCAGAGCAGGGGAGCGGCGGGGCCGGAGCAGAAGGCGGCGAGCAUCCAGAUUUACCCGUGGAUGCAGCGGAUGAACUCGCACAGCGGAGUCGGCUACGGCGCGGAUCGCCGCCGGGGCCGCCAGAUUUAUUCUCGGUACCAAACCCUGGAGCUGGAGAAGGAAUUCCACUUCAAUCGCUACCUGACCCGCAGGAGGAGGAUCGAGAUCGCCAACGCGCUCUGCCUGACCGAGCGCCAGAUCAAAAUCUGGUUCCAGAACCGUCGCAUGAAGUGGAAAAAAGAAACGAACCUGAGCUCCACGCUGGCCGGGGCAGCAGGAGGAGGAGGAGGAGGAGGAGGAGGAGGAGGAGGAGGAGGAGGAGGAGGAGGAGGAGGAGGAGGAGGAGGAGCAGCGGGAGCCGCCGACAGCUUGGCCAAGGAGGAGAAGCGCGACGAGGCGGAGGAGGAGAAGAAGGAGUGA